UGAAAUCAUCGAUUCCAUCUCGUCGCCUUCAUUUUCUUAUUCUUGAUAAAUAUCAAUAGCUACAUUCUUUCGCUGAUCUGAUCUAAAGAUGACUUUUCAACAAGAACUCAGUUCAUGGUUACCUCAAUCUCCCACUAACGUCCAGUCACCACCAGAAAUCAAUUCUACAGCUCCCUCAUCAUCUAAACUUCCAUUUCCAAAUCCAAAUGGAAAACCUACCAUUAUCACAUUCCUGAGACAUUGUGGCUGCCCGGUAAGUCCUGAAUCCUUCGUUCAUAAAUCUUUUGCCCUUGGCUUCUUACCUCAAUCUCUAUUUCCCUCAAUGUCUCUUUACCUAAAUCUCUAUUUACCUCAACCCCCAUUCACCUCAAUCCCACUCACCCCAACCCAAUCCCCCCACCUCCAGCCAACCACCAAACCUCAGAAGAAAUUACAUCUAAUCACCCUCCUCUCCUCCCCAGUUCGCCGAAAAAACCCUCCUCGCCCUCCGCAACCUCGCCACCACCCACCCAACCCUAAACCUAAUAGCCAUAUCCCACUCCAGUUCCACCUCAACCACAACCUGGCUCUCUUCUCUCGGCGGCUCAGGACCCGUUCAAAUAAUUAUCGAUCCGGAGAGAGAAAUCUACGCACAAUGGGGAUUAGGAACUAGUUCAGCCUGGCACGUUUUGAAUCCUCGGAGUAUGUUAUCCGUGUUUAGACUUGGGCGUGAAGAGAAAAUAUGGAAUAGACCUACGGAGAGUGGAAGCCGGUGGCAGAUGAGUGGGAGUUGGGUUGUGGAUGGGGAGGGGAUUGUGAAGGGGGGUGGUGUGGCGAGGAGUGCGGAUGAUAUUAUGGAUUUUGAGGAGGUGGUUAAGUUGGUUGAGUUAUAGGAUGGGGUAUUUUGAUGUUAAUGUGAUUACACGGUAAGGUGCGACGAUAAUGAUUGCUGAAUUGGAUGGCUACAAUACUUGUAAGAUA